AUGCUUGUUUCUUCGGUCACUAAAUCCGAGAUUUCGAGUGAGAAUUUACGGCCAAAAGUUAGCCUUGGCCAGCGACUUGAUACUUCGCGAAGCAGACCUGAUACAGAAACAGCUGCAACUAGUGGUGACAAGCAGUCAAUCUCUGAAGUUAGCAGACCUGAUCGACGACGCUGGGAAGAAGAUGACGAUGCAGAUGAUGACGCCUAUGAAGAGGGUGGAGAUAGCAUAACCUUCAGAGCAGGUGGCAAGACGACCGAAAAUGCUAGCUUCAGAGUUACACCUAGGUUAGAUUAUCUCGCCCUAUUAUCCUAUAUUAUUAUUCUUAUGCACAACAUUCGAAGGAUUUUUUCUUCUUUCGAUGUGCCACUUUCUCUAUUUAUUAAAUUUUGUGUUCAAUAUCAUUUACAUUUCUUUAAUGCUACUGCCUUAUGA